ACUUUCUGCGUCGUAGAACAGAGACGGGAUGAUGAUCACAGAGAUCUGGGCAGCGUGGGAGGGGCGAAACGCGAGAACGAUCGCUGGAGCUGCCUGUGUGAGUGGGCUCGUUAAGUCUUGUUAAAGUUAUCCGCGGUGGUCGCGCUCUUUUUCUCUCUUUCUCUCUCUCGUUACGUCUGAUUCCGAUCAGGACGAAACUGUCUCUCAAUUAUAAUAGCGCACUCGUGGGAAAGAUACGUCGACUUGAGAGAAAAUCGAAAAUUUUUUUUUCCGAUCUUUUCUUUGCGAGACAAAACGGAUCUGAUUCUUCAGUAAAUAAUUGAUUGAAAGCAAGUUUGGCAAGAUUUGGACAUGGCUACAACAAUCCUCUCGGCUGUUCUCAGCGCGCCAAGCCAGGCGAUCGAAUUAAAUCCGCGAUCACCGUUGAGCGAUUUUCUCUACGAAGAAGUUCCACCUUCCGGGGCAGGUGGUCUUAAACUGAUCUGUCGUUCCGUAUAUCGGCGGCCACUUAGCGAUAUCUUCUCAGACCGCCUUGCAUGUAUCGGUAUCGCGUAUACAAGGUCGCGUGCACACGCGAGCCUGCAUACACCAGUUACAAAGGACAAAUACGAGUACAUUGCAACGCUUGAGAAAGCAGUCUCGCUAUUUCAUUUCGAUAUUAUUUGCUUGUUUGUACGACCCUGCUUUACGUCAUCAGGUACAUUUGAAAUUACUUGCGUUUACGUAAUAACAAUUGUAUUGCACGAAUUGUGCCUAUCGUGUUAUUUUAUCUAUGAUAAUUAUAAUAAUAAUAGGCAGGAUACUUCGUAAAAAGAAGGCAUGAUAGAGGCAUUCUAUUUCUUCUGUUUUUAUUAUACGCUUCUCAAUAAGAUGGCUCAUAAAGAAAUCGAAUAAUACUUCUCUCGCUAAUUCGAAAUACUAGUUUUACAGCAAACGUUUCGCGAACUGAUGUUACACGGUAAAUUGGAGCAUUUGUUAUUACGUACUAUGAUUAUACAGAAUAGUUUAAUUAACGCCUAAAGAGUUAACUGUAAUGAUAUGGUCUUGUAAUAACAAUAAUUAAAUUAUACUAUCUAAUUCGUCAUUCUGUGUUUGACAAGCUCGUUAGCACGCUAAUUAACGAGAUAACAAACGAUAAACGAAUUAAUUGAUUUCCUAGUAAGAAACGUUUUUCUUGCAAAACGACAAACGCAAAAUGAACGAAAUUUCCUUCUUUUUUAUCGAACAGCUUCGUGAAAUGAAAGACAGCUUUCGUUUAACUUACGACACUAGCACUGUCAUAAGGCAAUGAUCGAAUUAUAAUAAAAAUACUGCAAGAUAAAGAUAAUUUUACAAAACUGUACAAAAUAUCAUUAAUCCGACUAUUUUCAGAUCUUACGCAUCAGAAGUCUCAAAUUCAACUUGGACGUAUCUCGGCGAUCACCCCGCACGAUUUUCUCGAAAAAUAUUCGCUACCAAUUAACUACCAAUUAACACACGCAGUUUCUUUAUAAAUAUUAUUGCCAUUCUCCAAACGCACGUGGCGGAUACGAUGCCACUGACUUUAUUUUCUUCCGGUCCAAAAAUUGUUCGUCCGAUUACUUCACCGAUCAAUGAAACCGCGAAAGGUCCCGUGUAUUUAGAGGCGUGUAUUUUGAGAGAAUCUUUCUGUCGCCAGUAAUAUAAUAAUCAAAGAGACCCCUCGGGUUGUUGCUCGUAUCUCAGUGAUAUCGUCUGACCAAACAGAUCGUGCGGAAGUAUUACUAGACGCAUUAUUCAACAAAGUUGUAUCGCUAAUUCUCUCGUUUGCGGAUCCUAAAUUAUACAGAAUGUUAGGUGAUCACCUGAAGGUUCAUACGGUUUAUCUAUCACCAGUAAUAACAAUGCCGGACGCACGUAUUACUAACUACAAUUCACAGAUCACUUUGCACCGUUUUCUCGCAAAACCUACCUCUUUCCUUUCUCUCUCUUUCUCUCUCUCUCUCUUUCUCUAUCAACAAAAUAAUAGAAACCAUUAUUGUAACUGCCUUGUUCGUUUGACCAAAUAUCUAAGUGCACGCGCGAUAUAUCACAACGUACAUCGAUCGUCUUGUAUGCGUGUUCACUCGGAUUCUCGCGCGUUUGGUUAUAAUUACACUAUAUUAUGCACUCUAUAUUUCUAUUAUCAUUAACAGUAUCAUAACUAUGCUCUUUCGCGAGUAUAUAUAUAUAUAUAUAUAUAUAUAUAUAUAUUCUUUUUCUUUUCUCAUUUAGAUUUUACAUUGCCACAUACAUUUCUCAUUUGUCGCACGCGCUCGAUACUCCAUGAAUAAAGUUUAAAAACGUUAACGGUAAUAAUAUAUUUAUUUUUCUAUUUAUUAUCUGCUGAAAUUGCUCGCAGUCAAGUAAGCGACAGAUUUAGAACGAGUGGAUUUUAAGCGCUGCGAGAAGGCAGGAUGCAUAAUAACGUAACGGAGAAAAGUAGAAGAAAA